AUGGUUACUUUUUUCAAAAAAUCUUCAGCAGCUAAUAGCGGUGGCAAUACUGACAAAUCAUCAGUCCCGUAUACUGGCACAGAUAAUGACACAUCCAACAAUGGCAACACUGUCAAAUCACAAGUAGCGGAUAAUGACGCAAAUAGCGACAUAUCUAGUCUCGAGAAACAAAAUAUCAGUGAAAAAGUAGAGCUUUCCACCAUAAGAUGGUCUAUCAUGAUAGUUUUUCUAUGUUUCUCAUUCACUGCAAUCGGGAUAAACGACUCAGCAACGGGUUCCAAUUUACACAACAUACAAGAGCGCUACUCAAUAAGCUAUAAGCAAACAUCCUUUCUCUUUCUCUCCAACGCUGGCGGCUAUGCUGUCUCAAGUUUGUGCACUUGCUACGUAAUGUUUUGGAUAGGUGUACGCUGGACAAUCUUUUUCUCAGCUAUUAUUUAUUCUGGAGGAGCUCUUAUUACUUCUUUUGCACCCCCCUUUGGUGUUAUCGUCGUUUCCUUAUUCCUGCAAGGAGUAGGUAGUGGAUUCUUAGACGCGGCAGCUACCUCUGUUCUCGCUCUAAUUGCCUCUGCUGAUGUGCUAUCGCGUGUGUACGCUUCAUUUUCGCUUGGUUCUAUGACUGCGCCUUUUAUUAUCGGUGCAUUCUCUCAACAUCAUUUGACUUGGAAUUACUUUUACUUCUUUCCAAUGUCAUUAGGAAUCGUUCUCGCCUCAACUGCUUUAUGGGUUUUUAAACACUUUACUCUUCCAAACCAAGGCGAUAAAAAGCACGAGAAAGACAAGUCUGGAACGGUGAAUGGCCGACUGAAGUUAAUUCUUUCAAGAUCUGAGGUGUAUUUGGCACUCGUUCUUGGAUACGAGGAAGACGUGAGUACAUAUGUCGUAGCCGGAUUCUGGGGAGGUGUGACAAUUGGCAGGUUGGCCGGUCCCACUGUGUUCAAGAAAGUAUAUGACAAGACACGCAAUAUAUCACUUGUCGCGCUAGCAAUGGUAUUCAGUGGUGUCAUAUUUGCUGUCGAUAGCCUGGCAGCUAGAGCGACACUUCUAUGCCUGACAGGGCUAGCAUGGGGCCCGAUAGCUCCAGCGAGUAUCGAUGCAGGUAUAUCGAUGGUGCUUGAGGAGGAAAUAUCAAUAAUAACCCCACUGAUAAUAUGCUCUGGAUUGCUGGGAGCGAGUUUCGCGCCCUUUUUCUUCUCAUUCGCCGCUGAUGCCUUUACAGCCAAUAUAUUACAACCAGUGCUAAUUGUCGUGGCUGGAAUAGAGCUAAUAUUAUUCAUCUUUGUACCAAAGAAACAAUGA